CUUCCCGAGCACGCACACGCACGCACUCGUCGAAUACGGGAUACGGGGUACCCCCUCGGCACCUCUCAAUUCAAAUCCCCACCCAGAAAAUUGCGGAAAAUAAGCUCUCGAUCUAGGGAUUCCUCUUGCUUCCCCUCCUCCUCCUCCUGCCCCCAAAACCCUAGAAGCAGAGGCGGAGCUCUCGCGCCGCCGCACGGGAACCCCAUGGCCGACGACCACUACUCCUCCGCGCAGUCCCCGGCGGCGUCGGCGGCCGCGGCUGCCGCGGUGGUGGGCUCGUCGGUGAUUCCGAUCGUGAACAAGCUGCAGGACAUCUUCUCGCAGCUGGGGAGCAGCUCCACGAUCGACCUGCCGCAGGUCGCGGUCGUGGGCAGCCAGAGCAGCGGCAAGUCCAGCGUCCUCGAGGCGCUCGUCGGCCGCGACUUCCUCCCCCGCGGCUCCGACAUCUGCACGCGCCGCCCCCUCGUCCUCCAGCUCGUGCACCAGCCGCGCCGCCCGGCCGACGCCGAGGCUGACGAGUGGGGCGAGUUCCUGCACCUGCCCGGACGCCGCUACUUCGACUUCCGUGAAAUCCGCCGCGAGAUCCAGGCAGAAACAGAUAGGGAGGCUGGUGGUAACAAGGGUGUGUCAGAUAGGCAGAUACGUUUGAAGAUCCAUUCACCAAAUGUGCUUAAUAUCACUCUGGUCGAUUUGCCUGGAAUCACUAAGGUGCCGGUAGGCGACCAACCAACUGACAUUGAGGCCAGAAUAAGAACUAUGAUAUUGUCAUAUAUCAAGCACAAGACAUGUAUCAUCUUGGCUGUUUCGCCAGCAAAUGCAGAUUUAGCAAAUUCUGAUGCUCUGCAAAUGGCUCGGACCGCUGAUCCUGAUGGUUCUCGAACAAUUGGUGUUAUCACAAAGUUGGAUAUAAUGGACAGGGGCACGGAUGCCCGUAACUUUUUGCUGGGAAAUGUCAUCCCAUUACGACUUGGUUAUGUCGGCGUUGUAAACCGCUCCCAGCAGGAUAUCAACUCGGACCUCAGUAUCAGGGAUGCUCUGGGACGAGAAGAAAAAUUCUUUCGUUCCCAACCGGCAUACAAUGGUCUUGCUCAGUACUGCGGGAUUCCACAGUUAGCAAAGAAGCUAAACCAGAUCCUGGUCCAACAUAUAAGGACUAUUCUGCCAGGACUGAAGUCGCGCAUAAGUUCCCAAUUGUCAGCUGUUGCUAAGGAGCAUGCUUUUUAUGGUGAUCCAGUCGAGUCCAAGCCUGGCCAAGGUGCUAAACUUUUGAACAUUCUGGCUAAAUACUGUGAUGCUUUCUCCUCGAUGGUAGAAGGGAAAAAUGAAGAUAUAUCAACAAUCGAGCUUUCUGGUGGAGCGAGAAUUCAUUAUAUUUUUCAAUCUAUCUUUGUCAAAAGCUUAGAGGGUGUUGACCCUUGUGAGGAUGUCUCUGACGAAGAUAUCCGCAUGGCGAUUCAAAAUGCAACUGGCCCCAGAAGUGCUUUGUUCGUACCCGAGGUGCCAUUUGAAGUCCUUGUACGUAGGCAGAUCAGCAGAUUGCUUGAUCCAAGUCUUCAGUGUGCAGAUUUCAUAUAUGAGGAACUAGUCAAGAUGAGCCACCGUUGUCUUUGCAAUGAGCUGCAGCAGUUUCCUAUACUUAGAAGGAGCAUGGAUGAAGUAAUUGGGAAGUUUUUACGUGAUGGGCUUAAGCCAGCACAAGAUAUGAUAGCACACAUUAUUGAGAUGGAGGCUGAUUACAUAAACACAUCUCACCCCAGUUUCAUAGGUGGCAGCAAGGCUGUAGAGCAGGCACAGCAGCAAGUUAAGGCCGCUAGAUUGCCUGCAACUGUGGUUAAAAGAGAUGUAGAGGCUGAUAAGCCACAGGCUGCUGAGAGAAGCCAAAGAUCACGUGCGUUAUUGGGUAGAACUACUGGUGUAAAUGGAAUUGUCACCGACCACAUCCAGGGGGUACGACCUGCUGCUGAGGCUGAGAGACCAGGAUCUUCAGGUAGUGGAAGCACAUCUUUUUGGGGCUCAAUAUUUACCUCAAAUGAUGACCGUGCACAUGCUUCUGCAAGAGAUAGUUCAGUGAGCAGAUCUUAUGCUUCACCUAGUCCCAGCCUGGAAAAUUCAAUCUCUUCGAUACAGUUAAAAGAGCCACCACUGGUCCUGAAGCCUUCAGAAAAUCAGUCUGAGCAGGAGGCCCUUGAGAUAGCAAUUACAAAAUUGCUGCUGCAGUCAUACUACAAUAUAGUCAGGAAAAAUGUUGAGGAUUUCGUACCAAAAGCAAUUAUGCAUUUUCUGGUUAAUCACACAAAAAGGGAGCUGCAUAAUUUCCUCAUAACUACCCUUUAUAGGGAGGAGCUCUUUGGGGAAAUUCUCAGAGAACCUGAUGAAAUAACUACAAAGAGGAAGCAGAUACGUGAUACCCUCAAGGUCCUUCAGCAAGCAUACAAAACAUUGGAUGAGAUACCACUUGAAGCGGAGACAGUUGAGAGAGGCUAUUCCCUGGAUUCUGAUGCGACUGGUCUACCACGGGUACAUGGGGUUUCUUCAUCCUUCCACGGAACCAAUGAUGGAAGCUCACCAUAUUCGACCCCAAAGCAAACAAGGUCUAGGAAAUCAAGCCAUUCUGGGGAGCAGCCACCUUUCAAUCCGAGCGCGAGUGGCAAUGGAUUUUGAUAUUGCCUUUCACGACCGCCAUCUGGAUUAGUGAUUGAACCAGCAUACGUGUGCUGCUUGUCCACACUACCCCGCAUUCAGUUUGCCGGUACUCAUAGAUAUAUGUUUUUUUCUAGCCAUUGUUAUUCUUUUUAGCCCGAGUCCAAUGAAGAAUGGCAUGGUGCCAAAUUUUUGCCCUUUGCCCCCCCUUGUACAGUAUAUCACUGCCCAAUCAUUUCGUCUUAAAAUGAUACCGGUGAUGGGGUAUAGUUUGGUUGAAACUUGAAACCCAUGGAAGAAGCUAUGGGAACCUGCUAGUUUUUGUUCCAAGUGCGAGCAUCUGUAUCUGAAUUCUGAACACCUCUGGUUUCGCUGUCAUAAAAUCUGACAUCGCUUGUGUGAAGAUGUGAAAACGUUGUAUAUUAUGAAUGAUUAGUAGAUGUGAUUUUGCAAA